UCCGGUUUAGCCUGCCUUGCUAGACCGGCAUACUCCCAUCACCCACCCACUCCGUCCAACUUUCCCGGAACACACCUCGCCGGCCUGUCCCACGUUCGCCCUUGACCACCAUUCAGCCCCGUGAGACAGAGUGGAAAUUGUGGAUGCGACGCCCCAGGAACAUCCUCCUCGAGGACCCUCGACUUCUCCUCCUCCGGCUGCAUUCUGUUCCGUAUCGCCCGUCUAGACUCUCGCCGCCGCUCUCUUUCCACUUCUAACUUGACCCUAUUGCGACCACAGUAGCUACUACCCUACUACAGCUACCUCGUCUGCUCAUCCUAGCAUAGUCUGCUUUUCGCCGCUACGGUGCCGCUACGGCACUUACAUCCAUCUCUCUCUACCGGGCUACACUACCCUCUCUCUCGUCUAGUGUACACUACCUAUCUUUUCUUGCGCCCCUCCCCUCCAUCUCAAAUUCCUUUGUGAUUCACCACCUGGCUGGCACUCCUUGGCCGUUAUAGCUUACAGUCGGAGUUUUGAUCCUGACCCUCUCCGGAGUGACCCUGGCCCUGAGUCGAACUCUCUACUUUUUUUGAACCUACACUAUCGAGCUACCUACCUCUUACGUACCGCGGAUCCGCGCUCAUUCCCAGGCCCUGAGUGAAGAGAUCGCCCCCAUCACGACGCUCCUUCCAGAUCGAUACGAGGGACAUUCAAGGGAACAGCCAGAAAGUUUCACAGAAUAAAAAGAAAAAAACCAAGAGCUUCAGCCUUCAACUCCGGUCUGGAUAUCACGCAGCUUCCUAAACAACACAUUUACACGACCAUCGCAAAACGACGUCACACGCGGAUGCCAUAUUGACAGCCUGACUGCGAGAGGUCACAAGCUUAGAGGGACCCAACAUCAAAAAGAGACCCCCGGGUCUCGGGGACACGGAGUUGGCUUCGGCAGGCACAGGCACCGGCACAAGCACAGGCAUAGGUACAGGCGCAGGUACAGGACAUGGAGACCGGCAUGGACCACACUCAAGACACAACUCCGACUGCCGAGGGUCAUGGUCAACUAGGAAACAGCUACCAGACCCCUGACCAACUGGCCGCAAACAACAUCAAAGUUCAGGACUACAUCGACAACACUGCCUUGGCAACGGACCUCCAUGCCAAUGAUGCCUCCAAUAGCUCAGCGACUGCCGACGGCGGCUCCUCAGCGAUUACUUCUCCGACCAACCUGUCAUCAUGGAGCGCAUCCUCAGAUCGACAACUAGGCCACGGAAGCGUACAAGACCCCGAAGACCGCGUCUUUCCUAUCCGUUCCGUCAUUAGCGUCGACCUAGCCGCCACACCACCAGUCAACGAUGAUAUUCGCGCGCGUCGUAGAAUUUCUCUGUCCGAGGGUUAUGCGACUUCGGCAGGCGCCGGGAAUACCGCGACUCCCACUCGUCCGCAUGCGUCGACCGUUCCGACUGCCAAAUCAGGCGCCAUCGACGUCGAAAGUAGGCCCACAGUCAGUCAGAGUCAGUCAUCUGUCUCACAACCUGAUGGCAGCUCCGUUUUCAGUUCAUCGUCCGCGGGCACCAUGCGACACAAGCGCCGCAUGAAUGCCAUGACAGGUUCCCUGUCCAGUGUCCAGGCCGAUGCCGAUAGAUAUGGAAAGGGACGGCCUAUAGAACUCGUCUUGGGCGAUUCGUCCGAGGAAGAGUCCGAUGGCGGCGCAGACGGCAGCGGAGACGGCGGUGACCUGGGUACGAUUGGGGCAUCUUCGUCCUCUGGCAGGGAGUCUCUUGACGCUCUUCCUGAAACUCAUUUCGCGCCUCGCUUCAAGCAUAUCGUGACCAACGAGGGCCAUGCUGUGAUUACAGGUCGCGAUGGGCAGCUACAACGGUGCGAAGAUGAACCAAUUCGGCUUCGGAUUAAUGGUUGUUAUUCAGGAAGAACGAGACGGUCGCUUCAUUGUGCGAUUCGUGAGCGAAAACUCCAAGAGAAUCAUUGGCUACACCCCGCAAGAGCUCUUCCGAAUGAACAACUUCCUCGACAUCUUCACUGAUGAGCAGUCUGAGAAUCUACUGGACCAUAUCGAUUUCAUUAGGGAUGAGGACUCGGAUCCGGCUAUCAACGGGCCCGAGGUUUUUAGUCUCUCCAUCCGACUCCCCAAAGCCAAAACUUCCGUCAGGCUAUGGUGCGCAAUCCAUGUACACCCGUCACGCCCGGAACUGACAAUCUGCGAGUUUGAACUCGACGACGACCACGAUUACCCUUUGCGACCUCCUGAGGAGGACUUGCCAGACAUUCCCGAAGAUACUUUGCAGUCGAAUCCUACAACCGAAGAGCUCACUGAAAGCACAGCGAUCUCGAGCAAGCCAUUACGAGUCUUACGCAGUGCGCGUAGGCGAAGAGGCGAGGCAGGAGCAAUGCAAGUGUUUGAUAUCAUGAGCCAAGUACAGGAACAACUAGCAAACGCUCCCAAUCUGGAAAAGUUUCUCAAGAUCUUGGUCGGCAUUGUCAAGGAGUUGACGGGCUUUCACCGGGUCAUGAUUUACCAGUUUGAUUCCUCGUUCAACGGCAAGGUCGUCACUGAGCUUGUCGAUCCGAUGCAAACAAGGGAUUUGUACAAGGGACUGCAUUUCCCGGCUACAGACAUCCCAAGCCAGGCGCGCGAGCUCUACAAGCUCAACAAGGUACGAUUACUGUACGAUCGAGAUGUCGAGAGCGCACGAAUCGUUUGCCGAACGCCCGAAGAUUUGGAGACCCCGUUGGACAUGACGCACUCUUACCUUCGUGCAAUGUCGCCAAUCCACUUGAAGUAUCUUGCUAACAUGGCAGUGCGCUCUUCCAUGUCCAUCUCGAUCAACGCCUUUGGCGAUCUCUGGGGUCUGGUUUCGUGCCACUCCUACGGGCCCAAGGGGAUGAGAGUCUCAUUUCCCAUACGAAAAAUGUGCCGGCUUAUCGGUGACACUGCUUCGAGAAACAUAGAGCGUUUAUCGUAUGCUUCCCGUCUCCAAGCCCGCAAGCUCAUCAACACAGUACCCACCGACAAGAACCCGUCAGGCUAUAUAAUCGCCUCUUCGGACGACUUGCUGAAGCUAUUCAAUGCCGAUUUCGGAAUGCUUUCGAUACGCGAGGAGACCAAAAUCCUGGGAAAGAUCGAGCAGUCACAGGAAGCACUGGCUAUGCUAGAGUAUCUGCGGCUGCGCAAGUUUUCUUCCGUGGUCACCUCGCAAGACAUCAAGAUCGACUUUCCCGAUCUUCGUUACCCACCAGGAUUUCAAGUCAUCGCCGGCCUUCUCUAUGUGCCCUUGAGCGUCGGUGGGAACGACUUUAUCGUCCUGUUUCGCAAGGGCCAGGUGAGGGAAGUGAAGUGGGCGGGUAACCCACACGAAAAAACAAUCCAGGCUGGUUCUGCCGCAUACCUGGAGCCCAGAAAGAGUUUCAAGGUUUGGUACGAGACGGUUAUUGGCAAAUCUCGCGAAUGGUCAGAGGAGGAAGUCGAGACCGCGGCAGUGCUUUGCUUGGUCUACGGAAAGUUUAUCGAGGUUUGGAGGCAAAAGGAGGCAGCCCUGCGGAGCAGCCGUCUUACUCGUUUACUACUCGCAAACUCGGCACACGAAGUGCGCACGCCACUCAACGCCAUAAUCAACUACCUGGAGAUUGCACUAGAAGGUUCCCUCGAUCAGGAGACCAGAGACAAUCUUGCAAGGUCGCAUUCAGCCUCGAAGUCCUUGAUCUACGUUAUCAACGAUUUGCUCGAUCUGACCAAGACAGAAGAAGGGAAGGAUCUAGUCAAGGACGAGGUUUUCGAUCUGCUUGCGUGUAUACGUGAAGCUACGGAGCCUUUCCGGCAUGAUGCAAAGCGCAAGGGCAUUACAUACGAGGUCAUUGAGCACCCCGGGCUCCCUCGUUUCGUACACGGAGACCAAAGACGAGUCCGACAGGCGGUCGCCAACGUCACAGCAAACGCCGUCAAACAUACGUCGGAAGGGUCUGUCAGGGUUGAGCUAUACGUGGCCGAAGUACAGGACAACCGAGCUCGCAUCGAUAUCGUGGUCCAGGACUCUGGCCAGGGCAUGAGCAAUGCGCAGCUGGAUGCGCUUUUCAGAGAGCUUGAACAAGUUGACACGGACAUUGGAUCCGAAUCAUCUGACGACGACAAUUCGCAAAGCGGUAAAGCGCUUGGCCUGGGUCUUGCAGUUGUCGCAAGAAUUCUGCGAAAUAUGGAUGGACAGCUCCGGCUGAAGUCCGAGGUUGGGAAGGGAUCCAGAUUUGUGAUCCAAUUGCCCUUCGACCUUCCCGAGGAGGAAACCAGCCGAGAUACUGUGGGGGCUAGCAGUGGCAACACCGCGCAGCUAUCCCUCGGAUCUGGUACCGCCUCGGCCUCCGCUGCCUCUGUAACCCAGAUGCAGGACGGCGAAGUGAUGCUGGUCGACCGCAACAACGGCAGCUCAUGGUCUGUUAACAACGCGACUGGCUCGCUGGCGUCCAAGAAGAGCUAUGAUGACAAUCUGAGCAUCACAAGCAAAGGUAGCGGACGAAGCGCGCUCAGUGAUGCGGACAGGCUCAUUGACGCCAUUCAAAACCCUCUCACACUAGGCGAGCCCGAGCCAGAAAGCGUCGCUCGGCAAAGGAGGAACUCACGCGGUCCCUACUACAACCCAUCUUCCAGUCUUCUCGGAUCCUCCAAGGGGCGGUCGGUCAGUCCAGGGAGCCGAAAGCGACCAGAUGUUCCUACGCGGUCGGUUUCGUCGCCGAACACUAAGAAGGAUUUACCUUUCGAGAAGCCAACGACGGAAGUUGCACCCGGACCUUCUGAACCAGCACCAGCAGCUCAAGGGGUGCAGUAUGUGACUGACAGUAGGGUCCCCAUCAAGCCGGUGAAGUUGCCAGACGAAAUGUUCGACAAGCCUGUGGUCCCACCGCAGAGCACGUCAAAGGUGCUCUUUGAAAUUAAGGAUGCCGUUGCGGAUAAGGCGAAAGCAGCAUCAUCUGCGGUCAAGGAGCAACAAUCUGUAUCAUCACAACAGCCCGCCCCACCGCCCGCGCCCGCCAAAGAAGCCUCAACAACAAACAACAAGCUGCAAGUUCUGGUUGCCGAAGAUGACCCCAUCAACGUCAAGGUGUUGCGCAAGAGACUCGAGAAGGCUGGGUACAAAGUUACCCACGCCUUGAACGGCGAGGAUUGCGCAGCAGUGUAUGAAGACAAGCCUGUGGUGUUUGACGUCGUCCUAAUGGAUAUGCAGAUGCCAAUUGUCGACGGUCUUACUAGCACCAAGAUGAUUCGCGCCUUUGAGAAAACCAACCGGGACGGCAGCGGCCAACAGCUCUCCGACAUCGCCUCCGACCACGGCCGCGUCCCCAUCUUUGCUGUGAGCGCCUCCCUGGUCGAGCAAGAAAAGGACACGUACGUAGACGCCGGCUUCGACGGCUGGAUCCUCAAGCCCAUUGACUUUAAGCGCCUCGAGACCCUGCUGCAGGGCAUCACGGAUGAUAAAGCCAGGAAUGACGCGUUGUAUGUGCAGGGCCAGUGGGAGAGGGGUGGCUGGUUUGAAAAGAAAGGGGUGGGCAAUAUGGGGCAGGAACAGGAGGAAAAUCACGAGCAAUAACAUAAGUUGAGGCAGGCACAGAAGGAACAAAAGGAACAAAAUGAUCAGCAGCAGAAAACUGCGGUAAAUGGCGAGCAACCUAAACCGGACCCGAAGGGAAGUAUCGAUGCUCGAUGUUGUAGCACGCCAAGACUGUACAGGAGUAAAGGAACAAAGGUAUUAAGGUGCCCUGGUGUAGUGGGCGUUUGAGAAAUGGAUGGGGAGUCGGGAAAAAAAAAAGGAACCAAAGUAUAAAUGAUCCUCAUCAUCGAUGGGAGAGGAAGAGGAAGAGCUGGUGUUACAUUCUACAUAUACCUACUAUACAACAUACCUGGAGAGUCCACCCGGUGUUUGGGGUGAUGGGAGAUUGGAAGGGGGUAUCUAGGGUAGGAAGAAAGUAGACAGACAAUUACCUAAGCAGGGCAGGCAAGAAGGCAGGCAGGGACGGAAGGAAGGAAGAAAGGCCCGUUCUUCGUCGGCGGCAGCAAUGAAUGAUAGUAGGGCUCUGUCGAGCAAAAUCCUGAGCAAAAAGCCUCCAGAGCUCCCGUCCUCCUUGGUGUCACUGUUGGUCGCUGUUUGAUGAUGAGAGAAAUGAAAUAAGAUACCUGG